CGAAGGGGUUUAAGUUUGGAAUCUCCUAUUAUAGUAUUGUUACAAUCAAGUUAUCCAAAUGAUGAAUCAUCUACUAAAUACUUUCUCUGUGCUCGAACUGGAUGUUGAAGAUGAUAAAGCGGAGACAAGUUCUGAUGCUGUUGCCAAAGAUGGAGGAAGUUCAACUAAAGCAGGUAAGGGUAAGAAAAGUGACAACUGCUCUGGAAAAGUGAACGUGGAGAAAAGCAACAAAGAGGUUAAGCAGAGUUCAGCGACAGCUUCAGGAAAAUUCAAGUUACCACUUGUGUGGAUUGACUUAGAAAUGACAGGUUUGAAUGUUGAAGUGGACCGGAUAUUGGAGAUUGCGUGCAUUAUUACUGAUGGAAGUUUGGCCAAAUUGGUGGAGGGUCCCAAUUUGGUUAUUCAUCAAUCAAAGGAAAGCCUUGAUAAUAUGGGAGAUUGGUGUCGAAAUCAUCAUGCAUCUAGUGGUUUGACAAAGAAAGUGCUUCAAAGUACAGUCAGUGAACAGGAAGCUGAAAAGCAGGUUAUUGAGUUUGUAAAGAAACAUGUUCAUGUUGGCACACAUACACCUCUUCUAGCGGGAAAUUCAGUUUAUGUUGAUUUUCUAUUUUUGAAGAAAUAUAUGCCAGAUUUGGCCAGUCUUUUCCAUCACAUAGUUGUUGACGUAAGCAGUGUCAAGGCUCUAUGCAUCCGCUGGUUCCCUGGAGAUAGCAGAAAAGCUCCUUCAAAGGAAAACAAGCAUAGAGCCAUGGAUGACAUCAAAGAGAGCAUCAGGGAACUAAAAUACUUCAAGAACAGCAUUUUCAAACCGUCCAAGAAGUGAGAAGAACAAGGCAUUGUAAAGAAUGAAGGAGAACAAGGCAUCGUACAACAUUGCUUUGAUGGUGGAUAGUUAAAUUUUCCAAAUAUUGCCAAAGUUGGGUGUGUCCGUC